AGCUAAACGAGCUCAAUAAAAAGAUCGUCGAGAUCAAGAAGAAAAUCCAGUUGUCAGAGGGCCAAAGAAAGGCUAAUUUUGAGGAAUAUGAUGCAAAGAAACGUGAAAAUGCUCAAAAAAUUUGUGAUCUCAAGAAGAAAGUCAAAGAGCUUUACAUGAAAUAUGCAAGAGCGAAAAAUGUAGUAAUAAAGAAGCGAUGGAACGCGCGGCUCUGCUCAGCCGUGAUUCCAUAGCUUGCGUGAACAAAUGUAAUUUGGAGGAGAUUAUAACCACAGCGAGUGGGAACAAUGUGCGCCUAAGGAAGAAACUAGAUCUAGUUAAAUAUGAAAAAGAGAAGCACGAACGUACUUUGAAUAUUUUGCAAACAGAAAGCAAGGUAUUGGCGCAUAGACGCAAUCAUUGUGUGUUCAAGAAGAAGACGGAAAAUCCUAUGAAGAAGAAAAUCGAGACAUUGGAAGUACAACUGGAGCACAUCCGAAUGAUGCAAAUUAAGGCAAAUAUUGCGCGCAUGAAGUACCGUUCCGUUUGUUCUGAAUUAAAAGAGAAAUCGGUCUUUUACGCUUCCUCCUUGCAAGAUCUAGAAGAUGGCAUAAGGCAACAGGAAAACGAGAUCAAGCGCUUACAGGGAGUGAAGGAGGAAGCUAUAGAAUUGAAAGACAGCACUCAAGAGACUCUGGUAAAAGAGGAGAUCGAGGAGACAAAUUCUAGCAAAAAACGUGACUCUGUCAUCAAGGAGUACAGGCAGCGCGUAUCGGAACGAAAGAUGGAAUUGGAGCGGCUGGAACGUAUGAUAUUCCAGACCCGUACACGGGACGAUUUUGAAACACGUGGGAAAAGUCGCGUACAGGUACAAGAGGACAUGAUCAAGGACGAGCUGACGCGACUGGAGGAGGCGUUCGCCAAGCUGCGGAACGCCACCGGAGUGUCCAGGUCCGAGGAAGUUCUGAACCGGUUUCUGGGUCAGCAGGCGACCAAAGAGAGUCUGCAGAAAAUGCGAACGGCCACGGAACAAGAGAAGGUGGUGUUAGAAAAGAAGAGGCAGGAGCUUAACGCCGAGAUAGAGACGAGGAAAUUUUCGGAAACAAAGAGCGCCGAACAAAACGCGGAAGUAGUGGCAAAACUUAACUCGCAAAUCGAUGAACAGCGAUCUCGCAGGGAGAGAGCCGAGAAUGCAAGUCAACGAAUCCGCGAGCUCUUAAACGACGUAACUGGUAUACUGUAUAAACUGUGUGAGAAGUUCCAGCAUGUUACAGAUAUUCCUCUGCUUGAGGAUAUUAAAAUGGAUGAUAUUUUAGUAAUUAUCGAAUUAUUAACCGAUAAAGUCAAACAUGGAAUGGACGUUUUAAGCGCAUCGGACAAAUAUCUUGAAACAAUGGACGAACCCUUGUUAGAUAAGUUAGAGACAUUGUCGAUCGCUACAACCUCGAUAGAAGGCAGAACAAUGCGUGCAAACAACGGUGGGCCAUUGUUUCCAAGAUUUCCUUCUUGUGCGACUCCGGCCGUUCCCGUUUCAGAAGACGAAGACGAAGUUCCGUCCCGAAACGCAUUGAAAAGACAAGCGCAGUUGCUCGUCGAUACCAAGAGCCGUCGUAAAGGAUUCGCUUUUAGGAGAUGAAUUGUUCGGACAUACCAGCUAUUGUAAAAUUUGACCUUUGUGUACUAAGCUUUGAGCUUUAAU